AUGCGCACUUCCAUGCUCCGCACCACCGGCACCGCCGCCGCCGCCCUGCGCUCGUCGGUGCGCGCAACCCAGACCCGCCGUGCUCACGCCAUCUCCAACCCUACCCUCGCAAACAUUGAGAAGAGAUGGGAGGCCAUGCCCCCUCAGGAGCAGGCCGACCUCUGGAUGGCCCUUAGAGACCGCAUGAAGGUUGACUGGACCGAGAUGACCCUGCAAGAGAAGAAGGCCGCAUACUGGAUCGCUUUCGGUCCCCACGGUCCCCGCGCCCAAACUCCUCCCGGUGAGGGCAAGCAGGUCUUCUGGUACACCAUGGGCGGUCUCGCCGUCACCGCCGUUCUGUUCUUCGGUAUCCGCGCCGGCGCCAGAGGCACCCCAAGCACCAUGAACAGGGAGUACCAGGAGGCCACCGACGCAUACCUCAAGGUUCGUAAUUCCACCGAUUUUGACAAAGCUGUACGGCAGUCUGACCUUCGCAACUCUAGNGAGAACAACGUCGAGCCCAUCACCGGUAUCUCUGCCGAGGACUACAAGGGUGGCUUCGCAGUCCAGAGCCCUCCCAAGGCCAAGGAGUAA